GACUUCAGCUUGUAGGAUUUAAGAAACAACAUUUGCACUCUGUAGAGAAUUAUCUUAGUGCAUUAAAUAUUAUACUAUUAAUAAAUAGUAAAACACAACAUUUAGAUGGACGAGUUGUACCUGUUGUUGCUAACUGGCUCAGCCAGCUCUUUAUUAGGAAAUUAUUAUAUUUGCAAAAUCUAUCUAAUACAAAUUUCAUUAUUCCACACCAAAUUGAAUCAUUUUUACCUAUGUUGG